AUGGCGAAGGAGUUGGCUGUGGAGAUGUCAUCUUGGAAUCCUGGUCUCGGCACCAAGAAAUGCAGCGUACAAGAAAAACUGUAUUUUAGGGGACGGUUCGUUUCUGCUAAUUCUCCACCGUCAUUUGAAGAAAUACCUGGAUCAAGACCAACAAAAUAUUAUGAUAUGGACCGAGAAAGAUUUCGGGAAGACAUUAAUCUUGGCAGUAUUAUUUAUACCCUAAUUGCAUCUGAUCCUGAGGAUGACUGUAUAACAUUUGGUGUUCAAGACGGUUCAGAGUACUUUGACGUGAGCAACCACAAUUGUACGCACGCUGAAACUAGUACCAGCGUCUCAGCCACAUGGACCUUGGAUGAUGGUCACAACGAGCCACCAAUGGUCAAUAUGUUUGUGAAAAAGGAGACUGAUAUCACUGUGUACAUUGUUAAUGUCAAUGACAAUUCACCGAUAUUCGUUGGCGCUCCUUAUCUAGCAGAUGUAUUCGAGGAUACAUCAGAAGGGACUGUGAUAUAUUCCGUCAUUGUAUUUGACAACGAUGUAGGUAGCAGUGGAGGUUGUACAAUUACUAUUACAAAUUUAGAUGACUACGGUGACAUGUUUUAUAUCGACUCAUCGGUGGUAGAGGAUAAAACAUCACUUGCUGAAAUUUAUCUCACUGAAACUUUGGAUUUUGAAUCUCUGAGAGUGUAUACACUGAACCUAUUUGCUGUGGAUUUUGGUACAGACCCAGGCCCACUAAACAGUAGUGCUACACUUUAUGUUAAUGUGAAAGAUGUUCAAGACAUGCCACCUAAGUUUAUUGGUCUGCCAUAUUAUGCGGAUGUCCCAGAAAAUCAACCAGUGAAUACAUCAGUGAUGGAAGUUUUUGCGGUAGAUGGUGAUGAAGGUGUUCCACAACAUAUACGAUAUGGUAUUGUCUAUGGACAAAAUGAGGCAGAUUUGUUUUGGGUUGAAACUAUAGACAACAGUGGUAAAGGUAUUAUAUAUACUUCAGUUCCGCUUGAUCGGGAAGCUGUAGAGAUUGGUGGGAUCGUGACAUUCAACUUGACUGCAACAGAAGUUGACCAUUAUAACCAACCUCUAAGCGAUAUUACAACAUUUACCGGAGUUAAUAUUCUUGUUUUGGAUGAAAACGACAGGUCGCCAUAUUUCGAUCAGUCUUACUACAAUGGGAGCAUUCAGGAAAACUCUCAAAUCGACCGUAUAAUACAUAACAUCGUACUGAUUGUUAAAGAUACUGAUUCUACUAGACAAAUGGCGUCUUUCAAACUCGAAAUUAUUAACAAUCAUAUGGCAAGUGAAGCAUUUUAUGUGAGACCAGACAGAGCUUUGUUUUCAACCCAUGCUGUUAUCGAAGUGCGAAACCCUGAUUAUUUGGAUUUUGAAAGUGUUCAACAGUUUAAUUUUCAGGUAUUAGCUUACGAUUUAUCAGUAGAAAAUCUGAGCAGUACAGUAGAUGUGACGAUUCAUGUCAUGGAUAUGAAUGACAAUCCUCCAAACUUUACUCAAGACGAAUACAGGGGUGCUGUAUACGAAAAUUCACCUGCAGGGACAUCGAUUUUACAAAUAAGUGCAACUGAUAUGGAUAGUGGUGUAAACGCUGAGAUAGUAUACAGUAUUACGGAUGUAGUACCGCUUACUGGUAGUUUCAUGGUGAAUAGAUCUACUGGUGUCAUUGGCUUGAAAGAUACGCUCGACUCUGAAACAUCAACUGAUGAGUUUACACUAACAGUCAUGGCAAAGGAUAAAGGUUAUCCCCCUCUUGCCACUACAACACUAUGUAUAAUAUAUGUGCUUGAUAUAGACGCAGCAACAGAAAGUGAAACUAUUAUGCCAAAUGAUGCAAGAACUGUAGACGAGAGUACUGAACAUACAGUGUUUAUCAUUGUCAUUGUUAUUGUCUGUUCCGUAUUGGUAUUAGCAGUUGUUGUAAUCGCUGUGUUACUGAUAUACAUCAGGAGACAAUUGUAUUUGAACAAGAACUUAUCACAACUCUCACAACAAAUCAGUGCUACUGUUACACAUAACGAUGAGGUUACAUUGCAGGAGACCCAACCAAAGGUGGAUAAUGACAAUUAUGCAAUGAUAUGUGUAACUGACGAGGAGUCCACCUAUCAAGGGCUUUAUGCAAACAUUUAUUGA